AUGUCAGAUUCUAACAGAACCGACUUCAGCAACCCCUCCACCUUCGUCCUGCUGGGCAUUCCUGGCCUAGAGGCAGCCCAUGUCUGGAUCUCCAUCCCCUUCUGUGCUAUGUACACCAUAGCCGUGUUGGGGAACUUCACCAUCCUGUUCAUUGUGAGGAGGGAGCCCAGCCUCCAUGUGCCUAUGUACUAUUUCCUCUGCAUGCUGGCUGUCAGCGACCUGGUCAUGUCCGCAGUCACCCUACCCAAACUGCUGAGCGUCUUCUGGUUCAAUUCCAGGGAGAUCAGUUUCAGUGCCUGCCUCACCCAAAUGUACUUUGUUCACGCCUUCUCAGGGAUGGGGUCUGGAGUCCUCGUGGCCAUGGCUUUUGAUCGCUACGUGGCCAUCUGCCAUCCCCUGAGACAUUCCACCAUCCUGACAAACUCUGUUGUGGCCAAAAUAGGCCUGGCCGUGGCGCUGCGCAGUGGCAUACUCGCAUUGCCCUAUCCCUUAUUGGUGAGGCAGUGGCCAUAUUGCAGGACUAACAUCAUCUCCCAUUUCUACUGUGAGCACAUAGCUGUGGUGAAGCUGGCCUGCGCUGACAUCAGCAUCAAUAGUUACUAUGGCCUGUUUGAGCUUCUCUCUGUGAUCGGAAUGGAUGUGUUUUUUAUCACCAUGUCCUAUACUCAGAUUCUCCGGACCAUCUUCUGCCUCCCCACAAAGGAUGCCUGGCUCAAAACUUUUGGGACCUGCAUCUCUCAUCUUUUUGCCAUCUCCGCUUUGUACCUCCCAGAUUUAUUAUCCUCUCUCAUGCUGAGGUUUGGCCACAAUGUGCCACUGCAUGUCCUCAUUCUCAUUACCUGUGUGUACCACCUCGUUCCCCCUGUGCUGCACCCCAUCAUUUAUGGGGUGAGGACCAAACAGAUCCAGGACAGACUGCUCCAGCUCUUUGCUUAUAAAGAUACCAAAAUGUUUUCUCCUGGUGCUCUGGCUCUCAGAUUGAGCUCUGUGCAGAGCUGGCUGGUGUGUAUUGCUGGGGCCUUUUCCAAGAAUCACUUCCUGGACAGACAUUAA